AUGGCUGAAUCUUCCUUUUCUGACUCUGGCUUGUUGCGGUACAUCAAGGAGCUCAGAGAGGAAGAGUUCUGGAAGUUUAAGGAGCUCCUUGUACAAGAGCCUCUGAAACUCAAUCUCAAACCCAUCCCAUGGCCCACGCUGAAGAAGGCCUUGAGAGAAGAUGUAGCAGCAUUGCUGGACAAGCAUUACCCAGGAAAGCAGGCGUGGGAAGUCAUGCUGAGUCUCUUCCUACAGGUCAAUCGGAGAGACCUCUGGACCACGGCUCAGAAUGAGAUCAGAAAUAAGCUCAACCCAUAUAAAAGUCAUAUGAAGGAAAAAUUCCGUCGCGUGUGGGAAAGGGAAACCUGCCUUGAAGUGCCCGAUGAGUUCUUCCAAGAAUCCAUAAAGGAGCAAUAUGAGCAGCUGAGUGGUGCCUACGGGGACCCCGAGGCCGAGGAGACCCCAGCCACAGUGGUUCUGUGUGGCACGGGAGGGGUCGGAAAAACGGCCUUUCUGAGAAAAGUGAUGUUGGAAUGGGCGGAGGGAAACUUAUGGAAGGAAAGGUUUGCCUUUGUCUUCUUCCUCAAUGUUCAUGAAAUGAACAAUAUCCUAGAGGCGAGCUUGGUGCAACUCAUCUCCAGGGACUGGCCCGAGUCUUCAGAGCCCAUCGAAGAGGUGUUAUCCCAGCCUCAGAGAAUCCUGUUCAUAAUGAAUGGCUUCGAGGAGCUGAAGUUUCACCUGGACCUUGACGACCCAUGCAGCGACUGGGGGCAGCAGCAGCCAGUGCCAGUUCUCCUGGGCAGUCUGCUGCACAGAAAGAUGCUUCCAGAGUCUUCCCUUCUCCUGGCCUUGGGGUCAUUGAGUAUGAAAAAAUAUUUUUACACGUUGCAGUAUCCGCAAUGCAUAAGCCUACCAGGACUCUCUGAAAGUGCAAGGGAACUGUAUUUCUGCCACUUCUUCCGGGAGGAACAUCAAGCGGCCACAGCCUUCAGUUUUGCGAAGAACCAAUCCAGUCUGUUUCGGAUAUGCAAGUACCCCCUCGGGUGCUGGAUGGUGUGUUCGUGUCUGAAGUGGCAGAUGGAGAGAGGAGAAGGCAUCAGCAUCAGCAUCAACAGCAGCACUGCGUUGUACGCAUCCUAUGUGACCAGUGUGCUCAAAUCAGGGCUGGAGAACAUAACGCUGAGGCAGAGCACAGCCAAGCUCAAAGCCUUGUGCACCUUGGCUGCUGAAGGCAUCUGGAUGGACACAUUUGUGUUUCAACUUGAGGAUCUCCAGAGGAAUGGGGUCUCGGAAACUGACAUCUCGAUGUGGGUGGGCAUGCAAUUUCUGCGAAGGAAUGAGGACCGGGUCACCUUCACCCACAUAUGCCUUCAGGGGUUCUUCGCUGCCCUGUGGUAUUUGGUGAGAGGGCCCCACAGCCAGUAUCACCCGGCCAUCGGAAGUGUGGCCCAGGUUGUGGAAGGGACGGUGACCCCCUCCCCAACCUACCUGAUGCAAACGGGGUUCUUCCUGUUUGGGUUAUCUGCAAAAAAAAUGACCUCCGAGUUGCAGAUGUUCUUUGAUGUCCCACUGUCCAGGGAUAUCCAGUGGGAAAUAGUCGAGGGUUUUCGGAGUUUGAGUCAGUGCUCGGACAGUCAGUCCUUGGUGAGAUCUAAGGAACUGUUCAGCAGUAUAUUUGAGAACAAGGAAGAAGAAUUUAUAACACAAGUGAUGAGUGUCUUCCAAAACCUUGAUAUUUAUAUCAGCCACAUAAAUGAUUUUGUAGUAUCUGCCUUCUGCCUCAAACAUACCCACAAUUUGCAGCAAGUUCACAUGACUAUAGAACAUGUGUUCGCAGAUGACCGUGAACACAUCUUCAGUACCACCCAGAAAAUCUUCUGCUGGAAGGACUUCUGCUCAGCGUUCAGCACCAGCAAGGACUUUCAGGUGCUGGACAUGGACGGCUGUGUUUUCGACGAUGCCUCCCAUGAGGUCCUCUGGAAAUCACUCAUUCAUUCCACUUGCAAACUUCAAAAGUUGACGUAUAAUUAUGCUUUUGACCUUGGAAAUGGUGUCGACUUCUUUAGGGUCAUUCUGCACAAUGCUCACCUGACAUAUCUGAGUCUGCAUGGCACCAACUUGUCCCGUGAACAAGUCAAGAAGCUGUGUGAGAUACUGGCACACCCCUUCUGCAACAUAGAACAGCUGAUGUUAGGGAAGUGCGACAUCACCGAGGAGAGCUGCACAGAUAUUGCCUCUGUCCUACAGCGCAACCAGAAGCUGAAGCUGCUCUCCUUGAUAGAGAACCCCUUGAUGCACGAGGGUGCCCUGAACCUGUGCAAUGCCCUGAGGCAACCAGCCUGCUCCCUGGAGAAGCUGCUAUUGAAGUUCUGUUGCCUCACCUCUGCCACCUGUGCCUACAUCUCUCAAGCCCUUUACUGCAGCAAAUCCCUGUCCGUUCUUGACCUGGGGUCCAAUGCCCUGAAAGACGAGGGAGUGGCAUAUUUCUGUAACUCACUGCGGUACCCAGGCUGGAGCUUACAGGAGUUGUGGUUGACAAAUUGUUACCUCACCCCUUUUUGCUGUAAGGACCUCUCUACUCUUAUUGUUAGCAAUGCUAAGCUGAAAACACUGAAACUGAGAGACAAUAAAAUAGAAGAUGCUGGUGUCAAAGAGUUAUGCACAGCUUUGAAACACCCUAACUGUAAACUGGAGAAUCUUGGGCUGGACUUGUGCGAGCUCACCAUGGCCUGUUGUGAGGACCUGGCUUCAGUGCUCACUUUCAGGAAAUCACUGAAGAGCCUGAACCUGGACGGAAAUAACCUGGGCCACGAGGGGGUGGUGAUACUCUGUGAAGCCUUGAACCAUCCAGAGUGUGCCUUGGAGCUUCUCGGGCUGGACAGAUUCAUGUUUGAGGAGGAAACUCAGGUUCUGCUGGAAGCCGUGGAGGAGAAAAACCCCCAACUGAGAAUUUUACCUCAACCUUGGGAGACCGAGGAGAACAGGAUGCGAGGUGUGCUCAUCUGACAGGGGACCCCCCUGCAGGAGGCUCCCCACAGGCCCUUCUUGGUCACAUCCAGUCCCGGAAACCAUCUGUCAUAACAGCAGGGGCUGUGAAUUCACAGCAGCUCCCCCACAGCAUUCUAGCAAACAAGAUAACCGGGGUGUGCGGGUCAUUGUGUACACACUGCCUGUGCCCGAGAUGUUCAUUCCCCCAUUGCCCCAGACUCCCAUCCUACCUUGUGAU